AUGUCUCGCUCUUUAAAGAAACCUCUCUUCAUUAAUGAAAAAUUACUAAAAAAGAUAGAAAAAGUUAAUCAAGAAGGGGGGAAAAAAGCUUUUAAAACUUGGGCUCGCAGUUCCGUAAUUAGUCCUGAAAUGAUUGGUCAUACUUUACUUAUUCACAAUGGCAAAAAGUUUCUUAGUCGCCAAAUCACCCAAGACAUGGUAGGCCACAAGUUAGGAGAGUUCGCUCCCACUCGGCAAAUUGGCACUCAUGCGAAUGAAUAA